AUGCGUAAAGUGGGCUCAGCACCACUCAAGGCCUCUCCAAGCCUUCCUGUUAGAGAAUUGGGACAAAAAGCAAUCAUCUCUGAACAAGAAGAUAAAAAUCCCAUCCUAUCUAAAGAUGGCCUUAACCUGGUGGACGAAGCUGUCAAACUUAUCCCGAGGGUUAGAGUGGAGACAGACGGACUUAUUAGUCAUCACCACCGACGCCAGUCAACAGGGCUGGGGGGCCCACAUGAAUGGGGAAAUUACACAAGGGUUCUGGGAGACAAAGCUACAACAAGCUUCAUCGAACAUGAGGGAGCUAAGUGCUGUCUGGGAAGCCAUAAUAAAAUCUUCCCCUUAUAUCCAUCUGAAAAACGUGAAAAUCCUAUCGGACAAUUCUACCACGGUAGCUUACCUAAACAGGCAAGGGGGAACGAAAAGCCGCUCCCUUUCCCUAGUCGCAAGCAAGAUUCUAGUCUGAGCCGAGAAAAACCUAAACUCUCUAUCAGCAGCCCAUGUAAGAGGGAGAGAAAAUCAAUUGGCGGACUUUCUAAGCAGGGAUCGACUACUGCCGGGGGAAUGGAGCCUGAACCCGCAGUCCUUUGCCCAGAUUUGUGCCAGAUGGGGCACUCCAAAAAUCGAUUUAUUUGCGACAAGGAGAAACAGACAAGUCGCGAGCUUCUUUUCCCUAUCCCCUCUAGACCGACCCCUUGCGGUGGAUGCCCUGUCAUCUCCUUGGCCUCGGGAUCUUCUUUAUGCAUUCCCACCCUUUCCUCUAAUACCCAAGGUUAUUUCCAAGAUUCUGGGAGAGAAGGCUCAGGUUCUCCUGAUCACUCCCUUCUGGCCCAGGAGAACAUGGUUCUCUACUCUGAAAAGCCUAGCGGGGGAAGAAUACUGGUUACUACCUCCCCGACCAGAUCUGCUUCUUCAGGGACCAGCAAUGCAUCCCAGGGUCAGCCAGCUUCGCUUGACGGCCUGGAAACUGAAAGAAGCAUCCUAAGAGGGAAAGGGUUCUCAGAGUCCGUAAUCUCCACACUGUUGCAGAGUAGGAAACCUGUAACGUCUAAAAUCUAUUUAAGGACCUGGGAAACCUUUCUGCGUUUUGGGAACAACAAGUGGAAUCCCUCCUGCGAGCCAGAGGUGACCCUGAUCUUAGACUUCCUUCAAUCAGGGCUUGAUAAAGGUCUAUCUGCGACGUCUGAUAAGGAAAAAGUAUUUCAUAAUUAGGAUGUUAGAAGGUGCGUACUCCAGUAUUUGAGUGCAACGGAAGGUUUUAGGAAGUCGAACCAGUUACUAUUACAAUACCUGGGACUUCACAAGGGCGAAGCAGCCAGCAAAACCUCCAUCUCCAGAUGGAUAAAGACAUGCAUUACGUUAGCCUACGAAACCGAGGGGGUCGUUCCACCUCCUUCACUGAAAGCCCACUCCACCAGAGCAUUGUCAGCAUCCUGGGCCGAAGGUGCCUCAGCUUCAUUGGAAGAGAUCUGUCGAGCAGCGACAUGGUCCAACCCGUGUACUUUCUUUAAACAUUACAAGCUGGACGUUUCCACUAAUAGAGACUUGUCCUUUGGCCACAAAGUCUUAUCUGCGGUAGUCCAACCCUAAGUUAGGUAUCCUAUGUUAUUCCUCCAGGUAAGUGCCGUUGUGGAGGCGUGGGGAAAAGACAUAAAUUACUCUUACCGGUAAUUGGAUUUUCCUUUAGCCUCCACAACGGCACGGGAUUCCCACCCGAAAUUGGGUCCAAUACUUAGAUUGUUCUACUUAUGUUUUGCUUUAUACUCUUGAAGACUUAGGAGUAGUUACCCCUUAUUUUUUCUUGAGCACACUAUGAAGUUUGGUAGUGCUUCUAUUUUUGAGUGAGUUUAUCUCUGUUGUUUUUUGUUUGUACCUUAUUAAAUUUCUCCUUA